AUGCAUCUCCUGUUUUUAUUGGGGCUUUUAGAGAUCGCAGCGGCUGGGCAAUUAUGUAUGAACUGUAAGAACGUAGUGAAUCCUCACGAAUGCGAUCAGGUCACGAAAUGUGGAGACCAUGAGCAAUGCUACAUGCAGCAAUACUUGAGACAUAAUACAAUAUGGUAUGAUCUAGGCUGCCAAAGCAAUAUUGUGUGCCAAGCCGGUGCAAAUGGACCACCAGUCCCUAUUAUAGGAAAAAGGAAGGUCAGAGUUCAAAACCUUGACCCUGAAACCUUAACAUUUGACCUUGACGAAGACGAUGACGAUGGUCGGAUAAUUGUGUGUGAAUCAUGUUGUAACAGAACAGUGUGUAAUAAUGGCGGCGCAUGCGGAGUGCAGGAUUUCAAUUAUUACAACGGACGUCUUUGUUUUAAAUGUAGCCAGCAGUUGACUCCAGAUAGCUGUGAUCGAGUCACCUUGUGUUACCAGGACAGGCAAUGUUACAUUCAUAAAACAAAGCCAGCCGUCGGUUUUACGUAUGUUUGGGAAACUGGUUGUGCCCAGACGGCACAGAAUUGCACACCAGCGUAUGGAACUAUAUGUAGCAAUUGCUGUAAAGGCAAUUUGUGUAACAUGGAAUGUUCCUUAAAUACAUACCCUCCAAUCAUUCACACAACCACUACAACCAGGAAAACAACGACAACGACGACAACUACGACGACAACCACGACCACCACCACUACCCCAAAACCUACUACCACUACCACCACGACAACUCCAACUACACCAACAACACCAACUACCACUCCUACCUCCACCACCGCCAAACCCACACCAUCUACAGAUCCAAAACCUUCAGGUCCACCGAAAAUUAUCUCCACUCUUAUAAAGCCCAGACAUUAUCGGUAUGGAGACAACGUGCAACUGAUCUGUACGAUAGAAAGCAAUCCAAAACAAGACGUUCUUGGAUGGAAUAUGAUGACAGAUCCUGCAAAUAUUCCAUCGAAUAUUCACCUAAAUUACGGUACAAAUUAUGUAAUUGUUGACAUCCAAAACUUUCAACCUCCGAAUGUUGGGGGAUAUCAAUGCUUUGUUCACAACGCAUUAGGACAGGAUGUCCGCAAUGUUACACUACAUUCCCCCCACUAA